AUGGUUGCUUAUUUAUAGUUGAGCCCAUCACAACUCUUUAAUUCAUCAUUGGUUAAUAGUUUAUACAUAUACAUAGCAAAAUGGCAGAGAAGAUCUUGAUAAUUGGUGGAACAGGAUACAUUGGGAAGUUCAUAGUUGAAGCUAGUGCAAAAUCUGGUCACCCCACUUUUGCUCUGUUGAGAGAGGCCACUCUUUCUGAUCCAACCAAAGCCCAACUCAUCCACAGCUUCAAGAAUUCUGGUGUCACCAUCUUAAUUGGAGAUCUGAACGAUUAUGAGAGCUUGGUGAAGGCUAUAAAGCAAGUGGAUGUGGUUAUAUCAACUGUAGGUUUCAUGCAAAUUGCUGAUCAACACAAUAUUAUCUCUGCAAUUAAAGAGGCUGGAAAUGUUAAGAGGUUCUUACCUUCUGAAUUCGGAAGCGAUACCGAUCGGUGUCGUGCAGUGGAUCCCAUUAACCAAAAUUACCAAUUGAGAGUGAAGCUUCGCAGAGAGAUAGAAGCAGCAGGCAUUCCUUACACCUACGUCGUUUGCAACUUCUUUUCUGGCUUCGCGCUCUCCAAUUUUCUGCAACUGGGCACCACUGCUCCUCCCCGGGAAAAAGUCGUCAUCCCAGGAGAUGGAAAUGUUAAAGCUGUGUUCAAUGAGGAAGGUGACAUUGCCACAUACACUAUCAAAACUGUGGUUGAUCCAAGAACUUUGAACAAGAUCCUCUACAUUAGGCCAUCUCAAAACAUAUACUCAUUCAAUGAGCUUGUUGCUUGCUGGGAGAAGAAGAUCGGAAAAACCCUCGAGAAAACAUACCAACCAGGGGAUCAAAUUCUGAAGAUGAUUCCAGAGUCGCCCAUGCCCGUGAAUUUUUUAUUGGCGAUCAACCACUCCGCUUUCAUUAAGGGUGAUCAGACCUAUUAUGAGGUCAAUCCAACGCUCGGGGUUGAGGCUACCCAGCUCUAUCCUGAUGUCAACUACACUACCGUCGAUGACUACCUCAAUCGGUUUCUGUAGCUCCCAACUUCUCAGGCACUUUGUUAUCACUCGAUCUCUACUUAUUUUGUCAUCAUACUAUUAUCUGUAAUGAUCAAACUCUGACUCUGCUUCAAUAAGAGAAAUGAAUAAAUUGCCCAAUUAAAUAGA